CUUGCUCGGACGCGCGCGCGCACUCGGUGCUUUUAUAUUCAAAUUUGAAAUUCGUCCGUUACCGAAACAUUGUUUUUUUUUUAAUUUGAAUAGUGGCCAGUGUUGUGAAUUUAUAAGCUGAACUGGUUGGAUUUUGAAGGAUUGUGCGUACUAUUCUUAAAUCGGAUACCUUUACCGCUUAGGUGCGGCUGGAUUGUUAUUUUUGUGUAACACGAAUAAUGUCCCUGUGAGCGAUGGACACGCUGACAUGGUUAUCACUGGGGCUGCAGCUGGCGGCGCUCUGCUCCAUCGUGGGCGCCCUGCUUUUGUACCUGCUGCGGAAGGUUCGCGUGGGAGAGGUGCUGCCAGCUGACAGCGCUAAGACUGUGCUGGUUACUAGUGUAGACACUGCGCUGGGACUGCAGGUCGCAACUUACCUCAGCGGCCGGGGCUGGCGCGUGAUCGCAGGCUGCCGGCAAGGAGGCCUCGGAGCCCGCCUAGCCGAGUCCUGGCUGCAAGCGCACGUGGCAUCUACUCCUGAGGACCAGCCUCCACCGCGGCUAGCGACUGUGGAGUUAGAUGUUGCCAGGGAAGACUUGCUGGAGGAAGCCGCGAGAGCUACGGCGCAGCAUCUACCGGCCGGUGAACAUGGUAUUUGGGCAGUAAUCAACACCGCGGGCAGCAGCGGGCGCGGCGGCGCUUCAUGCUGGGAGAGCGCGCUGCGAACGAACGUGCUGGGCGCAUUGCGCGUCGCGCGAACAUUCGCUCCGCUGCUCGCUGCCGCGGCGGUCGACCACCCUCACGCUGGCCGCUUGUUCUACAUUGGCCUAACAUCAGACACGGACUGCGAAAGCCUCUCGCGCGGCGACGACGGAGGCGCGGGCGCGGCCGCGGCCCGCUGGGGCGUGUGGGGUGCCGCCCGUGCCCUCAGGGCUGCACUAAAGGCCCAGGCGCUCCACGUAGUGCUUCUACAUGCGCCGGACUUGUCAGCUGCCGAGAUAUACUCACCGCCGGCGCAGUUGACUGUUCCGAGCCAGCCGGCUAGCCGGCCAGACACUCCGAGCUCGGACGUGAGCUCAUCAACCACCUGCGCGGUCACCAUGCCCGGCGAGGCCACCGAGUACAGCGCCAAGGUGCUCCCCACCACCGCGCUGAAGCUGCUGGAGGAGGCCCUCACCACCCCCGCGCCCAGAGACACCUACUACCUGAAGAUGAAACACGACUCGUGGUUCACUAGGAUGCCGUCGUUGCGGGUGCAUUAGAUCUUGUUUGUCUUGGUCUAUCAAUACCAAUGGUCUUAACUACAAGUCCGACAAGUGGCAACAGUCAUCCCUCUCAAAUCAGUAACGGUACGACUAGGGUUGCAAAUAGAAAAAAAAACAAAUGUUUUUUUUUCAGAAUUAUGAAAAAAACCGAGCGCCAUUGUUUUUUUUUCUAAAUAUGUUUUUUUUUCCAGAUGAACAAAUAAUUCUAUAAUAACGGUUUUUCGUGAAUUGUAACGUGUUUCAAUAACAAUAACAUACAUUUUAAUUGGGUUAACAUUCAGUACACAAACGUUUAUUGGGGAAUCCCCGAUGCGGCGUGCAGCGUAGAGAGGCAGUGGUGUUGCCAACAGUAAAUACCAACUACAGAUUUCGUAAAUGUUACAUUUAUAAGACCAGG